GUCACCUUCCUGUGUCAUUGCCGGUAUAUAAAGCUGGGACGUCAGGAAAUCGCUCCUUUUUCUCCGGGUUUUCUUGUGUUGGUGGAGCUGACCGAAGCAGGGUGUGAACUACCAUCAUGGGCAAGGAAAAGAUUCACAUCAACAUUGUGGUCAUUGGUCAUGUCGACUCCGGCAAGUCCACCACCACCGGCCAUCUCAUCUACAAAUGCGGUGGCAUCGACAAAAGAACAAUCGAGAAGUUCGAGAAAGAAGCUGCUGAGAUGGGCAAGGGCUCCUUCAAGUAUGCCUGGGUGCUGGACAAACUGAAGGCCGAGCGUGAGCGUGGUAUCACCAUCGACAUUGCUCUCUGGAAGUUCGAGACCACCAGGUAUUACGUCACAAUCAUUGAUGCCCCUGGCCACAGAGACUUCAUCAAGAACAUGAUCACUGGAACAUCACAGGCUGACUGUGCCGUGCUGAUUGUUGCUGCCGGUGUGGGUGAGUUCGAGGCUGGUAUCUCCAAGAACGGACAGACCCGUGAGCACGCCCUUCUGGCCUACACCCUGGGUGUGAAGCAGCUCAUCGUGGGCGUCAACAAGAUGGACUCCACCGAGCCCCCAUACAGCCAGAAGAGGUACGAGGAGAUCAUGAAGGAAGUCAGCACCUACAUCAAGAAGAUCGGCUACAACCCCAACACCGUGGCCUUUGUGCCCAUCUCCGGCUGGAAUGGAGACAACAUGCUGGAGGCCAGCUCCAACAUGACCUGGUUCAAGGGAUGGAAGGUCGAGCGCAAAGAGGGCAAUGCCAGCGGUGUCACCCUCCUGGAGGCUCUGGACUCCAUCUUGCCCCCAGCUCGUCCCACCGACAAGGCCCUCCGUCUGCCCCUGCAGGACGUCUACAAGAUUGGAGGUAUCGGAACAGUACCCGUGGGUCGUGUUGAGACCGGUGUCCUGAAGCCCGGCAUGGUCGUCACCUUCGCCCCUGCCAACGUGACCACUGAGGUCAAGUCCGUGGAGAUGCACCACGAGUCCCUCACCGAGGCACUCCCCGGUGACAACGUUGGUUUCAACGUCAAGAACAUCUCUGUCAAGGACAUCCGUCGUGGCAACGUGGCCGGAGACAGCAAGAACGACCCACCCAUGGAGGCUGCCAACUUCACUGCUCAGGUCAUCAUCCUGAACCACCCUGGUCAGAUCAGCGCUGGCUACGCACCUGUGCUGGAUUGCCACACUGCUCACAUCGCCUGCAAGUUCUCUGAGCUCAAGGAGAAAAUCGACCGUCGUUCCGGCAAGAAGGUUGAGGACAACCCCAAGGCCCUGAAGUCCGGAGACGCCGCCAUCGUUCUGAUGGUUCCCGGAAAGUCCAUGUGUGUGGAGAGUUUCCAGCAGUACCCUCCCCUUGGUCGCUUCGCCGUGCGUGACAUGAGGCAGACCGUUGCCGUGGGCGUCAUCAAGGCCGUGGAGAAGAAGACCGCCUCAGGAGGCAAGGUCACCAAGUCCGCCCAGAAGGUAGCCAAGACCAAGUGAAACCUGCUGCACCUCAACGCAACCGAGGACCUGGAGCAUCAUCAACAACAACAACAACAACAACAACAACCACUACAAAAAAUAUCAGGGACUCCCCACCCUGCCCACACACAGACACGGAGCCUCCUCGGCUCUCUGCUCAAGGACUGGCUAAUGCUGAUCAAAACCCACCGUAAAAGUUUUCGGAGGAAAGGAGGCAGGGAAAAAAGCUCUUUGUUUUGUUUUCUAAGUGCUUUUAGAUGUGGAUGAAUGAACCAAAGAAAAAGGUGACAAAAAUAAAACACAUUUCACAAAAAUA